GCAGGCAGGGCAGCAUUGUUAUCUUAAGACACUCAUCUGGGGUCGGAGUCUGCAGGUGACACUGCUUAGGUACGGGCGCGGAGUUGGAGCGGGGAUGCGCCCGGCUGCAUCCCUGGGAUGGAAUUCUCCUGCCUCUCGGGCGGCUCGCGGCUCCUCCCGCAGCGCCGGUGCUGAGCUCGGCGGAUCGCGAUCAGGGUAGGACUUGAGCGGAGAUGCACCUGCCAUACGCUCCGAGGGCUCCGGCAGGUCCACCACCGGCAGCCCCAGGAAGCCAGAGGAACGGUCUCUGCCCAUGUGCAAGGCACAGAUUUCGGAUGACCCCGAGGGCGAGUGAGACUCUGUAGAGUUGGAAAGAAGACAAAACCCUGGGUUUCACCUCGGCGAAGGGACAAGUGACCACCGACUCCCCAGUUGGUUCCCCACUUUCCUCAUCUCUCCUACCUCGCGUGUGCGACCCGGCCCAGAGCCAAAUCUUCCCACUUCAGCAGGAGCUGCUUCGGGAGCUGGGGAUGCUCGCUGCGCAGCCCGAAGGCAGCGGCUCGCAAGUGGUGUGACCGCCGGCGCUGGAGGCGAAGGCAGCGGCAGCGACCGCGGAGCCCCGAGCGAGCCGAGAGAAUUUGAAAAGGGACAUCCACUCGCUCGCUCUCGCUCUCUCUUCCUCUGUGUGUGUGUGUCUCUGAGGGUAGGGGAGAGAAGGGCAUUCACAUUUCCCCAAAUGAUAAAACAGACACAAGAAAUCAUGAAGUAAAAACUUUGGAGAGCUGCCACUGGAGAUGUUGCCCAAAAAUCUGGAGUCUUUCAGGAGUCUGGUCCUAUUCGUUGGAGGUUUGGGGAGCAGCUGAUACGGCGAGGAGGGCUCUUGCAAGGAUUCAAGUUCUGAGCCCUGGAGGAGCAGCGCGGAGUGGGAUAGCGUGGCGAGAGAAUGAAGAAACCAACCGCCCGGGAGAAGCAUGAGGUGGCAGUACAGCUCUCGGUUUAGAGGGCUUCGGCCAGCGGCAGCCCCAUGGGCAGUCCUGCUGGCAUUGGGUCUGCCCGGGUGGGUGCUAGCUGUGUCGGCCACGGCAGCCGCUGUGAUCCCAGAGCAGCAUGCCUCUUUGUCUGGUCAGGCCCCACUGGACUGGCUUCUCACAGACCGGGGUCCCUUCCACCGCGCACAGGAAUAUGCUGACUUCAUGGAAAGGUACCGCCAAGGCUUCACCACCAGGUACAGGAUCUACAGGGAGUUUGCCCGAUGGAAAGUGAACAGCUUGGCUCUGGAAAGGAAAGACUUCUUCAGUUUGCCUCUGCCUCUCGCCCCAGAGUUUGUCCGCAACAUCCGCCUCCUGGGAAGGAGACCCAACCUGCAGCAGGUUACGGAAAACCUCAUCAAAAAGUACGGCACCCAUUUCUUACUUUCUGCCACUCUCGGAGGAGAAGAGUCCCUGACCAUUUUCGUGGACAAGCGGAAACUAAGCAGGAAGUCAGACACCACAGGAGGUGCUCCCAUAGUCGGGGGCAGUGGGAACAGCUCUGCUGUGUCCCUGGAGACCCUGCACCAGCUGGCAGCCUCCUACUUCAUCGACAGAGAGAGCACGCUGCGGAGGCUGCACCACAUCCAGAUAGCCACGGGGGCCAUCAAGGUCACAGAGACCAGGACCGGUCCCCUGGGCUGUAGCAACUAUGACAAUCUGGACUCAGUCAGUUCUGUCCUGGUGCAGAGUCCUGAGAACAAAGUACAGCUACUGGGCCUGCAGGUGCUGCUGCCUGAACACCUGCGUGAACGUUUUGUGGCCGCAGCGCUCAGCUACAUCACGUGUCGCUCAGAGGGGGAGCUGGUCUGCAAGGAGAAUGACUGCUGGUGCAAGUGUGGCUCGACGUUCCCAGAAUGCAACUGUCCCGACGCUGACAUUCAGGCCAUGGAGGACAAUUUACUGCAGAUCCAGGACUCCUGGGCCACUCACAACCAGCAGUUUGAAGAGUCAGAAGAGUUCCAGACCCUGUUGAAAAGGCUGCCCAGUGACCGGUUUCUGAAUUCCACAGCCAUUUCUCAGUUCUGGGUCAUGGACACUAACCUUCAGCACCGCUACCAGCAGCUGGGGGGCAGCUUGAAAGUGCUGCUCAAGAAGACUCACAGGAUCGUCCGCAGGCUUUUCAAUCUCUGCAAGCGUUGCCAUCGGCAGCCUCGCUUCCGCCUGCCCAAGGAGAGGUCCCUGUCCUACUGGUGGAACAGAAUCCAGUCACUCCUUUACUGUGGAGAAAGCACCUUACCUGGUACUUUCUUGGAACAAAGCCACAGCUGUACUUGUCCCUAUGACCAAUCUUCCUGUCAGGGCCCUAUCCCAUGUGCCUUGGGUGAAGGACCUGCAUGUGCCCACUGUGCUUCAGACAACAGCACACGCUGUGGGAGCUGUAACCCUGGCUAUGUGCUGGCCCAGGGACUGUGCCGACCAGAGGUGGCCGAGUCCCUGGAGAACUUUCUUGGAUUGGAGACAGACUUGCAGGACCUAGAGCUUAAGUACCUACUGCAGAAGCGGGAUAGCCGCAUUGAGGUCCAUUCCAUCUUCAUUAGCAACGACAUGCGGCUGGGCAGCUGGUUCGACCCUUCCUGGAGGAAGCGCAUGCUACUCACCCUUAAGAGCAACAAGUAUAAGCCGGGGCUGGUGCAUGUGAUGUUGGCUUUGUCCCUGCAGAUCUGCCUCACUAAGAACAGCACCCUGGAGCCGGUCAUGGCCAUCUAUGUCAACCCCUUUGGUGGCAGCCACUCUGAGAGCUGGUUCAUGCCCGUGAACGAGGGCAACUUCCCUGACUGGGAAAGGACUAACGUGGAUGCAGCUGCCCAGUGCCAAAACUGGACUAUCACUUUGGGGAACAGGUGGAAGACAUUCUUUGAGACAGUCCAUGUUUACCUACGGAGCCGAAUCAAGUCCCUGGAUGACAGCUCCAACGAGACAAUCUACUAUGAGCCCUUGGAGAUGACUGAUCCCUCCAAGAAUUUGGGCUAUAUGAAAAUCAACACCUUGCAGGUCUUUGGCUAUAGCCUGCCCUUUGACCCAGAUGCUAUCCGGGACUUAAUUCUCCAGUUGGACUACCCAUACACUCAAGGUUCCCAGGACUCUGCACUCUUACAGCUCAUUGAGCUUAGGGACCGGGUAAACCAGCUUUCUCCGCCUGGUAAAGUCCGGCUUGACCUGUUCUCUUGUUUGCUCCGGCAUAGGCUCAAGCUGGCCAACAAUGAGGUGGGCAGGAUCCAGUCCUCCCUGAGAGCUUUCAAUUCUAAGCUGCCAAAUCCUGUGGAGUAUGAGACAGGCAAACUUUGUAGCUAAUGGGGGACUACUCCAACAUUGGUCAGAGGAUUGAUCAACACAUGCAGGGUGCAAAGAUAAUCCAAGCCCUCACCUUAGUGCCAACGGGGUGCUUCCAUGAGACUUUCAGCACCUGGGAGAUGGGAGGGAGCUCACAGCUUGGGUGAAAGCAGGCGAGUGGCAGAGAUUCAGCCACUGCACAUACACACACAUACACGCACACACACUCACAGGGAGAUGAUAGCUCAGCAACCUCAGAUCUGUAAAGUUGGUGCUUUCUAAAAUGAAUGCAUUCGAGAAGAGAGAAAGGAAGAGAACCAGUCAAAUCAGGAAACAAAUGAAGACCAAUGCUUCAAAGUGAUUCUUGUCAACUAAGAUAGCAAGAGAGGACAAAAACAGGAGGAAUGGGAGCUCUUCCCCCUUUGUGGAGUCACUUUUGUAUUCUUUUUAACCGGAUUUCUUAAAAAUGUUUCGUGACUCCCUGCAUUGGUUCUUACUUUUUGUAUGCUCAUUCCUUGUGCCCUAGAGGCCACUGUUCCAGCAGUCACACUUCUUAGCAAGCGUACAAAGUGCUACCCACAGAGGAACUGAUGCUAAGCUUGGGUGGUGGCCUCCUUGCUCUCUCCCUCCCUUCUCACUCCUGUUGGCCCCUUACUUCCUUGACCUCCCCAGUUUCAGGGACUUGACUUGUUCCAAGUCGUCCUCAUGGUUCAUCCAGAGUCCUCUUCCCACAGCACCUGUUCUGUCAAAGGAAGCAGCUUCGUCAAGCUAGAGAGAGACAAUGUAUAGGGAAAUGAUCUUUUUUUAAAAAAAAAACCACAAAAAUAUUUAUUUUGUGAUUGUUUUCCUUGUCAAUCUACUCCAGUCACAUGAACCUAAGUGAAAAUUUACCUCGUUUAACAUAUUUUGAAGAGCUGUUUUAGUGGGGGGAAGGGUGAGAAGAGACAAACAAUAUAGUUCCUUGAGCUGCCUGAAUAUUUUUUAUUGUCUCGUGCUUGAGAGAGGAGUGUCCAUGGGUGAGGGACAUUUGCUAUGUGGGAGGCUGGCUGUCUACUGUACACAUGAGAGAAUGUAUAGAUGUGUUGACUUAGGUGUGAGGUAUAUGUGUGAGAUGUGUGUGUGAGAGAGAGAGAGAGAGAAGCAUCACAAGUGAAUGAAAAAUGGGGCAGAAUUCUUCUAUAUAUCUAUCUUGCCAAACAAAACCCUUCAUCUAAAUACAAGGACUAACAUAGAUCAUACAACUAGGAUAUCCCAUUAUCAGGGCAAAAAUUUGGAAGUUCUUAUGAAGAAACUGCACACUUUGUCCUGAGCAAAUGCCUGCUAGUACGGGCUCCCCGGUGUUAGUGUUAGUGUUACUGAAAGCAUCAGAUGACAAGACAGUUUGCUGUGAUCAACAUUGUUAUGGUCCAGGGCCACUUUUUGAGGAACGUGGGAAAGAUACAAAUGUAUUAUUGUUUUUCUCUGCUCUGCCUGACACCUUAUCAACCUAAAAAGGUGCUUGGAUAUAAACUCUUAGUGCCUUCUCCCAGCAGUUAUGAGAAUCACUCUGUAUACACCACAUCACUGCCUGUACACUACACAGUACAAGUACAACACAAAGGAAUGACAACCCUAUUUUGAUUCAGGAGAAAGCCACCACAGAAAUAGUAUCUCAUCCCCUAACUGUGGUACAUCUUGGUUGGUAGAAAAACAAAUGCAAAACAAUGAUAAAAUGGUCAUGUCUAACUGCCCAAGAGUCUUAUGUUUACUUCUGCAUACAAGAAUUUGAUAUCACGCUUACUUCACUGUAUAUUUUAAAAUUACGUGAACACCUCUCCACUCCCCACCCAAUCCCACAACUAGCUAACUAACUAAAAAACUAUUUUUAAAUUGUAUUUAUUUGUUUGAGAGAUAGGGAGAGAGAGAGAAAAAAAAUGGACAUGCCAGUACCUCUUGCCACUGCCAAUCAACUCCAGUUGCAUGUGCCACUUGAUGUAUCUGGCUUUACAUGGGUAGUAGGGAAUCGAACCCAGACCAUCAGGCAUUGCAAGCAAGUGCCUUUAACCAAUGAACAAUCCCUCCAGCCCAGUAAAUUUUACACAACAUCCUUAGUUGAUACGUAGUCUGGGACAUUUCUUCACAAUUCCCCUUAAGGCUUUUAGGGUAGAAAUCCAGAGUAAAGGGGUGAUUAAGGGGUGAAUGCAACCCAAGGCUGUCUUAUUUCUAGUUUGUGUUUCUGCCUGCUUUGUAAAGUUUAUGCCAAGCUCAUCAACCUUUGGAAAUAGAAGUACCCGAUGGCAUCUUCAUCAGUGUGAGUGCUGAGAUGUGCUGGAGGAGGGUACUUUUGGUGGGAAGAGGACUACAAAAGCAGAAAGAUGUUGAUAUGUUCCAAUGAUGGACUUUGAGAUGUGUAAGGCAGACACUCGAGUCUACAUGCUAUAGGAAUGGGUGAAUAGAAACAUUCACUAAUAAAGCAUAGGCACAUUUUGUAUGUGACAAAUUGUCAACUGUUAUGCAUGACAAUACUCAGAGAAGAGAAGAACUGAGAAUGCACUGUGUACAGCAUUAACAGAAUGGAGCCUUAGUGGCAUGGAUACAAUUGCCCUAGUGGGAACUGAAUCCACACAUUACACCUGGAUCAUUCCCACGGUUGUACUGAAAGGUGGGAAACUUGACCUUUGCCCCAGCAGCAGAGAUGAGACUAGGGUGGGAAAAGCACCCUACAUAGUCACAAGCAAGGAUACUACUUCUUAUUUCAGAGAUGAAGGAUACCUGAGGUUCCUGAGAGUGUGAGGAAUUAUGGUUUUAGGAACAUAUACAUCAAUGUAAGAGAUUUUCGCUUCCUGCCUGCUCAGUGGCUUAACCUCUUAAGGUAAGUGUAUUAACUCCAUCUGAAAGUACUACCACACCUUGGCAAUAACUGCUAAGUUAAGGACACUUUUAAUCUCAGAUGAAAGUAACGUUGAUAAAGGCCUAAACAAAUAUUUUAUUUUUAUUUUUUCUAAACAAAUAGUUUUAAUUACAAGAGAAGACAUUUUCAUAUUUUUCCAACUCACUGGAUGUGAUGGAUGUCUGAUUCACCUGCUGUGGAACUAUUAUGGGGUGUCUGAUGUGGAAAAGUUUGGAUCAAAGAAGUAGACCAAAGACUUUAUUUCUAGGAGACAGAAAGGGAAAGAGGGAGUCAUGGGUAUGCAAGAGCCCAUAAGGUAGAGUUUAAAUGCUUGAAUCCAUUGGUUCAGCACAGAAUUUAUUAUAAAACCAAGUUAAGAAAUUCUAUGAUAUGGUAAAGGCUGUGCACAGUUGAAACUUUUACCUGUAAAGUCUAUAACACUCAAAAGAUGUGAGCCAUCUUUUCUCAGACACGGAUACAAAUAAAAAAUUGUCACUAAUUAGUAUGGGGUUGUCUAUGUUGGUGAACUCAUUGUGGAAUUAAAAGCUAAAUCACAAUUCAGUUACCAUCAUGCAUUGGAUAGUAACAAUCAGGAAUUUGAGUCUUAACCAUAACCUCAAAGAAUGAGUACAUCAAAUGCUAAUCUUCCUUAAUGCUUGAGACUAAUGCCUCUAAUACUGAAUAAUAUAUUUAAUACCUGCUACUAAUAUUAUAAUGCUAUACUCUGUAAGCGUAUUCAUGGCUUAACAGCCCCAAACAUAAAUGAACUCCCAAUAAUGGAUAUCAAACAUAGUCUAGGUCAUAUUCUUGGAUCCUUUAAAAAUUAUGAAAAGUGUGGUCAUGCUAGGCAGAGCUACCUUGAGAGUAGACAGGAUAUUCUCCCUACAUGAUGUCCUGCCUCAAAAUGACCCCACCAAAAUCUAUGAUUACAUCAGGUACAUCUGUUCUUCUAUAUUUCAGAAAGGUCUUCCUUUUGCCAUUAUAUUCUGUAUGAAAACCAACAGAUCUCUUGGAAGAAAUAAGUUUUACAGAUUAAACCCAAUGGCAAAAUAGAGAACCAGGCUAUCUGAGUGGGAAGGUUUAAACCAGCCUAGUCUUUUCAUGACUGACAUU